CAGCUCACUGUCAGCUUGGCUUGGUGCUGCGCUCCUCCUCUUAAACAGCCCGCCCCUUCCUGCUCCAUUUUCGCGCGAGUUCUUUGAGGGGGCGGGAUCAUGCGAUGUCACAGUGCUUUCUAUUGGACAGCUGUACGUUUACCCGCCGACUAUGCAAAACAUACGUGCCGAGUUGACCAAUCGCGUCUUACGCUCUUCUCGCAGCCGGCACGCAGUGGCGCGAAAACCCUUCAGUGUGGUUUGACGGCAGCAGAGAGGAUACCGUGCCGAGCUCUGUGCUAUAUUUUAACGUUUUGCAGAAACUAAAUAACCGCUAAUAAUGGCAACCGACGUGGUAGAUGACCGGGAGAUGCGGGAGGCUCAGAGGGACUACCUGGACUUCCUGGAUGACGACCAAGACCAGGGGAUCUACCAGAGCAAGGUCCGGGACAUGAUCGGUGAGAACAAAGCUCGACUCAUCGUCAACAUCAACGACCUGAGGAGACGCAACGAGCCCCGGGCUGCUAAACUGAUGAACAAUGCCUUCGAGGAGCUGCUGGCGUUCCAGCGCGCUCUGAAGGACCUAGUGGCCUCAGUGGACGCCACCUACGCCAAGCAGUACGAGGAGUUCUUCAUCGGGCUGGAGGGCAGCUUCGGCACCAAGCACGUCACCCCGCGGACCCUGACCUCCCGCCUGCUGGGCAGCAUGGUGUGCGUGGAGGGCAUCAUCACCAAGUGUUCUCUGGUGCGUCCUAAAGUGGUGCGCAGCGUCCACUACUGCCCGGCCACCAAGAAGACGAUGGAGAGGAAGUACACGGACAUGACCUCGCUGGACGCCUUCCCCUCCAGUGCCAUCUACCCCACCAAGGACGAGGAGAACAACCCUCUGGAGACAGAGUUUGGGCUCUCCAUCUAUAAGGACCACCAGACCAUCACAGUGCAGGAGAUGCCAGAAAAAGCCCCCGCUGGCCAGCUGCCCCGCUCUGUGGACAUUAUCCUGGACAACGACCUGGUGGACGUGGUCAAACCAGGGGACAGAGUGCAGGUGGUGGGGACGUACCGCUGUCUGCCGGGCAAGAAGGGAGGAUUCACCUCUGGCACAUUCAGGACCAUCAUGAUUGCCUGCCAAGUCAAACAGAUGAGCAAGGAAGUGUCCCCCCUCUUCUCUGCGGACGACAUCGCCAAAAUCAGGAAGUUCAGCCAGACUCGCUCCAUAGACGUGUUUGAUCAGCUGGCUCACUCCCUGGCUCCCAGCAUCCACGGCCACGAGUACAUCAAGAAAGCCAUCCUCUGCAUGCUGCUGGGCGGCGUGGAGAAGGUGCUGGAGAACGGCUCGCGCAUCAGAGGCGACAUCAACGUCCUGCUCAUCGGUGAUCCAUCAGUAGCAAAGUCCCAGCUGCUGCGUUACGUCCUCCACACAGCGCCGAGGGCCAUCCCCACCACCGGCCGCGGCUCCUCUGGCGUGGGUCUGACCGCUGCCGUCACCACUGACCAGGAGACUGGUGAGCGCCGUCUGGAGGCAGGGGCCAUGGUGCUGGCCGACCGCGGCGUGGUGUGCAUCGACGAGUUCGACAAAAUGUCCGACAUGGACCGCACUGCCAUCCACGAGGUGAUGGAGCAGGGCCGCGUCACCAUCGCCAAGGCCGGCAUCCACGCCCGACUCAACGCUCGCUGCUCUGUGCUGGCGGCCGCCAACCCCGUCUACGGCAGGUACGACCAGUAUAAAACCCCCAUGGAGAACAUCGGCCUCCAGGACUCCCUGCUGUCCCGUUUCGACCUGCUCUUCAUCAUGCUGGAUCAGAUGGACCCUGAGCAGGACCGCGAGAUCUCAGACCACGUGCUGAGGAUGCACCGCUACCGGGACCCCCGCGAGCAGGAGGGAGCAG